AUGCCGUCUCACGAAUGGAAGAAUAUGGCGAUCGUGUUUGUGAUCGUGGUGGUGCUGAUUGUCAUUAUAGCGUUCUGGAUGAGCAGUAACAAUAACGCCGGCGGCGGUAACAGCUUCGGUAGCAGCGGUAACGGCAGUAGCAGUGGUCAGAACGGGAGUUUCGGUAGUUCCAGCGGCGGCGGCGGCGGAACGGGCGGUGGCUCGAACAAUGGAAAUCGCGGCAAUAAUUCACCACCGCCCGGUGGAAACACUGGAGGCGGUGGUAACGCGGCCGCUGCUGCUACCGCACCAUACUCCUACUGA